AUGAUGAAUACUCAAGGCCAACUUAUGGAUCUCAUACUAUCCUCAUAUACCACUCUCAUUGCUCUCCUACUCUUCGCUCCCCUGGGGGUUAUGGGUGCCACUUUCACAUUCGUUAACCGAUGCGAUUACACAGUCUGGCCAGGCAUUCUUGCAAAUGCCGGUAGCCCACCUCUCCAAAGCACCGGCUUUGAGCUGCCCAAGGACACUUCUCGCGCUUUCCAAGCCCCCACCGGCUGGUCCGGCCGUUUCUGGGCCAGAACCGGUUGCACAUUCGACGGAUCCGGCUCCGGCUCCGGCUCAUGCCUCACAGGCGACUGCGGUUCCGGUCAAGUUGAAUGCAACGGCGCCGGAGCUGCCCCACCGGCCACCCUCGCCGAGUUUACGCUUGGCACCGGAGGCCAAGACUUCUACGAUGUCAGCCUCGUCGACGGCUACAACCUUCCCAUGAUCGUGGAGGGCACUGGCGGGUCGGGUCUCUGUGCCUCCACGGGCUGCACAUCGGAUCUGAACCAACAAUGCCCGGCGGAGCUGAGAGCCUCGGAGGGAAGCGCGUGCAAGAGUGCGUGCGAGGCUUUUGGUAGCCCCGAAUACUGCUGCAGUGGCGCGUAUGGCUCACCCGCUACCUGUAGGCCCUCCAUUUACUCGGAGAUGUUCAAGGCUGCUUGCCCCAGAUCGUAUAGCUACGCCUACGAUGACGCCACCAGUACGUUUACGUGUACCGGCGCCGAUUAUACUGUUACCUUCUGUCCAUCCUCUCCGAGUCAGAAAUCUUCACGAGAUACCACCAACCCCAUGCCCUCAACAUCAUCAUCAUCAUCACAAACGUCAGGGACAGUGACAGGAACAGAAGCAGGAACAGAAAUAGGAUCCGAAGGAGGAGCAUUGGUAUACUCGGGUGCAGACAACGGCGUUGUGUAUAACUCCGUUACGGAUUCCGGGUCAAGUUCAGGAUCCGGAGGAGAAACAAUGCUUGCAGAUGGGUCAUAUUUAGCUGGAUUGGCCGUGGGCGACUCUUCUCCCAGAAGAACAGUUUCCAUGGCGUUUGUGUACUCGGCUAGCUUUUUGCUUAUUUUCACCUUGCUUUAG